GCUGUCUUUUAUUUUAGUUUAAAUUUGCUAUGAACGAUCCAAACAAAGCCAUCAGUGUAAACCUAUCGUCGCUGCUCAGCCUGAAGGCGGAACUUCUAAGGAAGCAGCAUGAGGUCAGGGUGGCCAAGGCCACGCAGGCAUCCACCACCGAUUUCCGGCCCAGCAAAAGCAGCACCGAAAAGGUGGAAUCCCAAGAUCGGGGUUACAAGAAGGUCGGAAGCAGCAACGAUGGCGCCAAGGUGUACGAGGCGGAGGACCAUGCCCAGCUGGACAAGUCGCGGCGCGUCCUGGAGGCCAAGAGCAAGUUCUAUGACCGGAUGAGCCGCUCUGGCGGCACCCUCAACUCCGAUGACAACUGCCUCGUGAUGUUCAACCGCAAGAAGCAGGAGGCGGACCAGGAGCUCUGCGCUGAGGGUGAUCCACGCCAGCGGCUGAGCAGCAGCAGUUCUAGCGAUGACGAACGUCGGGACGAUGACGAGGUGGAGUACAUUGAUUGCCUUGGCCGCACCAGAAAGUGUCUUAGGAAGGACCUAAAGGAGGCCCAGAAGCGCGACCGCCAACUAGCCGAGAGUAUGCCGGAGCGCUUAGAUCAGACCAAGGCCAACUGGAUGAUAGAUACGAAAGGAAGUCGCGACCAGGACAGAGCCCACAAUAGCGACAAUGACGAUGAUGCUGAGUCCUGCUUUGGCCCACGGCCUUCGGAAAGCGUUUUCAGCGAUGCCCUAUCCACAAUGACCAAGCACGAUGAGCAGCGCUUGAACUGGGAGCGCAAGGAGAUUGAAAAUGUUGAGAAACCCGAUGUCCAUUACCAGGAUGUCUUCUUCGAUGAGGCUCGUACCCACGGCGCUGGCUACUAUGCCUUUUCCACAGACGAGGAGGAGCGCAGAAAGCAGCAGCUUGACCUUGAAAUGGCCCGCAAGGAAACGACUGCGGAGCAAACGCGGCGAGAUGAGAUGCGCGCCAAGCGGGACAGCCUGGUGGCCGAUCGCGUGCUUGCCGCCAAAAACAGGAUCCGAGCGCGCAACGGCUUACCACCCAUCAGCAAGGAGGAGUACGAGCGGGAGGAGCAGAAGAAGAAGGAUGAAUCAGCGGCCGAAGCCGCAGAACGAGAGCGUGAGGAGCUGGAGAAGAAGGCGGCCAUUGAGAAGGCCAAAGCCAAGGAGGAGGCAGAACUGGAGGAACUACGAAAGGAUCAUGUACGUGAUUGGGACAAAGAUAAGCCUGGUGUGCGCAAGGGAGGUGACUCAGAUGGCAACGAUUCACCCGAGGAGGAGUGGAAUUAUAGGGCCGAACGGCUGCCGAUGUCCCAGGAGGAGUGGAACGAGAAGCAGCGGGCCCAGCGGCAGACAGAGUUUGCACCCAUGCAGGAGCAGUUUCCCCUCAAGCGCAGCAACUUCAACAGCAUGCCACCUCCUCCGUCUCCAUCGUGGCACAGCGGCCAGGAGCCGGAGUUCAACAACUUCCAUAGCACCAAACAGGAGAAGAAGUUUCAGCGGCGGAACUAUAGCACCUACAAGGAAGACAAUUAUGAUGGAGAACCCAGCACAUCAGUUCGUGGUCUGGGUGCUGCAAUACCUCCGCCCACUGGAUUGGAUGUCUCGACUGCUCCGCCUGCUGCGAAACGGCCCAAAUCCCAGGCCGAUCUCGAGCGAUCCAUCGAAGCUGGCCUGAAGUUCCUGCGAGAGAACUGCGACAAGGGCGUCAUGGGCAACAAAGCUACGUGGACUGCCAAGGCGGAUUACUAAUUUAAGGCAAGGCAUCAUACUCUUCAUUUAUAGUUUAUUACUUUGUGUAAAGAAUACUUUAGAAAAACACAAUACGCCUAGACAUGCUUUUUCUAUUGUCUGGAUUCUUUGAGCUAAGUUCAACAAAUGUAUUGUUCAUUUUAGCUACGGCUAGAUCAAGUACUGCACUGUCACAAUUCCUGUCGUAUUUCAAGGCCCUGUGCCCAGUUCCAUUUCCAUAAUAAUAAAGCAAUGGAAAUUUUA